UUUCACAAACGAAAUCCAACCGUUUAACUGGCAGUUACUGAGCCGCCAUUAAAAUAUAAGGUAGGAACAGAAGCCGAAGGGAGUUUUCUAAACAUCUUCUCUUUUUUUUGAAAAACUUUAUAUAUUUUUGUUACAAUUAAUUUUUAUUCAAAGCUACCUCGACUGUACCACCAAUUAAAUUAUCCAGAUGGAUGCAGACACAAAAGAGAAGACAGAAACUACCACAAUCUUCAAGAACCAGUCGGAGAAUCCUGUAACUGACAGCAGAUUCAGGGUUCAAAGGUUCAGAGGUCGUGGUCGAGUGGGCCAGAUGACUUAUGGUGGAAUGCGUGGCGUACAAGGCACGAUCCAAGGAUUUGGUCCACCUGGACUUUGGAGAGGACAAGUGAAGGACAUUGCCAUGAAUGCGUUUGUACCCAGGAGAGAAAUGGGACGGAUGCAGCCUUACCUAGACCUUAGAGGUCAUCAAGAGAGGCGUGGGCUAAUGGCUGCAAGACCUCCUCUUCUACCUCUUCCUCCUCCACCUCUUCCUCCUCCACCAGCUCCUAUGCACCUCAGAGACCCAUUUGCACUCAUACAAAGGAAUGAACCACCUCAAACACCCCCACCUGGACCUCCUGCCUUAGGAGGACCACCUCCUUACCCUCAAGGCUUUGUCGGACUACCUCCUGGACCUCCACAUCACUUCCACUCCCACUCCCAUACCCCAAGAGGCUACCACAAUGGACCAGUCUUUCCUCCGCCCCACCCCCCACCUGGCAUCGGCCAGGGGUGGCCAGAGCCCCCUGGUGGCCGCCGCUUUUAAACACAGCCGGCCCAAUAAGUUGAACAAAAUCAGAGCCGAUGUAAAAUAAAGACAUUGUCCACCGUUUUGAUAUCAUCCAAUAGUGAUGUAAUCAUAAGGACAGAUGAAAUGCCUCAAAUGUUAUUGUUCUGGCAUUUUCAUAUCAUAUUAAUGUUAAAAUUAUAAAUGACCAAACUGUGGAACAAACAGAGAAGUGUUAAAAUAAUGUUGAACCCUCUGUUGUCAAAGAGGCACAUUUUACUGUCAGAUUUAAUCACGUGUUCUGUGAUUUUUCUUGUAACUGUUGCUCAUUGAGCCUUAACAGAAUUCUCCAAUAUUUAGUUCAGAAACAAAAGGAGUGCAGUUAGUGUUUAUAUUUGAAGUUGGGGGAUAAGGUGCAAUAACAGCCUUUAAGCACCACUGAUAACUACAUCAGUACACAUUGGACCUCCCUAUCUUUCUUCUUUGUUACAUGGAAAUAAUGAUGUCAUAUUUUAGUUUGUCAAAAGUCACAUGAUCAGACCACAAAUACUCCACUUGUGAGACAUCCAAAAGUAUUCAUUUUUCAAGCUAUAUCCUACAUGUGUAACUACAUUAGGCUUUGAGAGAUGUUGUUUGAAACUUGAAUUUAGUUUUGAAUUUAAAUAUAUAUUCAGUAGCUUUUUAUAUAAACGACAAACUCCAGUCAUAUUUGCUUCAAAAUAAGGAAUUACUUUCUAUUGUGUUCAAAGUCUUUUGGAAAUCUUACCAAUUCAAUAUACAGCAUUACUGUAAUUAAUGGACUUUUGUGAAACUGUGAAUGUGUUCUAUGACCAUCAAGAUAUGACAUAGUUUUGAAAACAAUAAAAAAAAUAAAUACAACUUAAACAUUUACUAAACUUCUCUUUUUUUGUGAGAGUUGUCAUUGUCUCAAACACCAGAAACAGAACAAAUGAUUUUUAGAUGCACAAUAACAAUGUUUCCUAAUUGAACUUGGACAUUUGAUCCAUAUAAACACCACUACAAAGAUGCUAAUUAUUUUUUUGAGUUAUUUUCAAAGAGUUUGGAGGACCAAGAACAAUUUUAUGCUACAGCGAAUCUUACUGAAUAAUUCUUUGGGCUUGCUGAAGGCUAAAAAGAUUUGGAUUUUAAGUUGCAUAGAGCACAGUGCAAAUAUUUGAUGUAAAUGUGAAUUUGACUGAAGGACACUCAACUUGGCAUUUAAAAUUUGGUGGUAGCAUGUCUAAAAGGAAAACAUUGUCUGUAAACAUUAUUCACUCUGAUAUGACCAAGUACUAAAACUUUCUUUAAAAAAAUCCAAGUCCUGGUUUUUAGAUUUCUAUAUGCUAUUUUUAAUUUUUUUUAUUAACUAUAUUAUACAAUGACUGUGACUCUAGUUAUUUUACCAGUUUUAAUGAUGAAAAUCUUACUUCUAUAGGGGAACCAACUGAUAUAUUUUUUCCCCCCACAAAACUGUAUCAGCAGUUAAUAAUUCUGCGGCAUUUUUGUUCACACAGCUUUAAUCCUAUUUUACCACAAACCUCUUUAUAUUAUUAAUUUAAUUGGAAUAAUCAGUCGUUAAAGUACUAUGUUUCUACAGAUAUUUAAUUUUGAAUCAGUUCAUAAAUAAACCAUAGACAGAUGUUCCUUUCCUGCUCUGUCUCCCUUCUCCAUCUUUUCUGCACAUUUUGCUGCCUCUUCAGUCCCUUCUUCUUUUUUCCCAAGUGUCAAAUGUUACUUUCCAGGCUCUGGAGCCCAGGUUCAGCCUCACAUCUCUCCUUCAGCAGUGAUAUGACACCAGAGGUACAAUGUUUGCUUAAAAAUAAACUUUUUAAAUAUA